AUAAAAGUUGACACACGGAGCAGAACAAACCAAACGCAACCUUGACAUAGAAGAAUCGUGGCAAGCGACUAUUGGCUAAGGAAGAAUCCCGCCCGACCCGCUCAAGGACCAGGGAAGAAAGAACAGAAAAUAAAAAGGAAAAAAGAGUGCGAGGACAUAUAUAAACGGAGGAGGAAAGAUCGGAAGAAAAAGUUUUCGGAAAAAGAACACUCUGCUGCCUUACUCUACUUUUCAGCGUCUAUUUCCAGAAGGAAUAAUGAUUAGACUCUUUAAAGAAAAGGAGAAACUGAGGGAAAUUGCUGAAAGUUCAGACGGAAGAGCUCCAGUGAAGAAGCUAAGUGCAGGAGAAUUACGGCUUCAUAAAGAUAUAAGUGAGUUGAACCUACCUGAAUCUUGUGGCAUAUCAUUCCCCAAUGGGAAGGAUGAUCUCUUGAACUUUGAGAUCACUAUUCGGCCUGAUGAAGGAUUUUAUGGAGGUGGGGAUUUUGUGUUCUCCUUUGAAGUUCCCCUUAUGUACCCUCAUGAGGCACCCAAGGUCAAAUGCAAGACAAAGGUCUACCAUCCUAACAUUGACUUGGCAGGAAAUGUCUGUCUUAACAUUCUUCGGGAGGACUGGAACCCUGUCCUAAACAUAAACACUAUCAUCUAUGGACUGUAUCAUCUAUUCACGCAACCCAGUCACGAAGACCCUCUCAAUCCUGAUGCAGCUGCACUGUUGAGGGCUUCUUCACAAGGAUUUCAAGCUGUUGUGAGACAUGUAAUGACUAAUGGGUAUAGAGGAGAGACAUAUCACCCUCUAUUCAUGCAGCAUAUGAAGGCAGCAUCCUACCAUCAAUCACGACUCAAAUAAAGCCACUGCCGUCAUGGUCCAAUCCUCUAACAUGUCUCUGCAACACGAUCUUUCAUGCAAAACGGUUCAAUAGGGGUCUUAAUUUUUCAGAAUUCAUAUAAACGAGACCUACAGGAAGCUUGAAAAUGGGUUACUCACCCUUUAUUUUGAUGAACGAACCAGGUCAGACUCUGGGCUUUGGAAUUACGCUGGGAGGAGGACAAUCAUUAUACAUACUUGUAAUUCGAUUUUUUGCGUUUGGUGGUUGAGAAAUGUGUAGAUCUAUUAGUUGAUGGGACUUCCAUCUCUGCCAUUCAAGUGUUAAGGGCCUUCCGUAUCCUUCCUUUUUAA